AUGGAUCUCGCAAUCAUCGCCCUCAGCUCCGGCGCCAUGGUCGGCCUCGAGCAGAUCUUCACCUUCGACACGCCCGCGCCGAAGCUAGUCACCGUACAAGUUGGCUCCGGCAGCUCCUUCGACGACACGCAAGACGCCGCGCUCCUCGGGCCCGUGCCCUCCUUCACCUUCUACGACUUCAGGGGCGCGCUCAUCGACCACACGCAGAAAGCCCCCGGCGACCACGGGCAGGCCGGCCUGGGCCAGGCUCUCUUCACAGCCAAGCACGGCGAGGGCCGCUCGGCGCUGCGGCAGAUCGAGACGCCCAUCCACCCGGAGUACGUCAAGAUGACGGUGGCGUCGGAGGGUAAGGACGACGUGUGCAUCUCGUACAUCCUGAUCGUCGACUCGGUCGACACGCCCGCCGUCAACCUGCUGUACGCGUAG